AUGAGCAAGUACCUAUUAUGGCCCAGCGAAUUAAUUCAGAAAGAUAAAGCUGAAAAUGCAGUAAGACUAGCCGCUAUUGCGAUUACUUUGCAAGGGACAGAUGAUGUGAUCCUUGAAGUGAUCGAGCAAAGCCUUUUGAAAAGUGUAUAUCUGGAACCACCAUAUAGCAUUGUUGCUUAUAGAGAGGCUGGCAGCAGCUACUGGGAUUUUGUGAAUAAGGCUAGCUCAGUAAUUGAGUUCGAUAUUCCAAGUUCUAAAUUGUUACAAUUUUUCUCUUUGGAACCUAUAUCUCUUAUAUUACCUGAAAAAGUAGUAAAUGUUAGAGAGAGUAAAAAUUGGAAUUUGAAUUUCGAAUAUUUAACUAACCAUCCUAGUUAUCAGUCUAAUAAUAGAAAAUUAAGAAAAACUUUAAGAUUGAUCAAUUCAUAUUAUACAUAUUUAGAAGCAUUUCAAGAGAAAUAUCCGUCUUUAUCUAACAAUAGAAACAACACAAUUCGAGGUUCAUUAAGAAAUUUUUUUGAUAAAUGGUUUUUAUUGAAUAAAUUAUUAAGAUUAGUUUCUUUUUUAAUCUUUUAUCCAAUGGUGGCGAUAUGUUUGCUAUCAUAUUGGAGUUCAAUAAUAUUGAAUGGUAAGAAAGUUGGUUUGGUAAAUAUUUCAAUGACAGCUCAACAAAUUGAUUUAAGAUGCCAACAGAUUUGCUAUUUCCCAUUACAAUAUCUUCGUUUCCAUCAAAGUAAGAAGACUAAAAAAACGUUUGAAAGGUAUAGGAGUUAUUCUAAAGCAUCGUACGAUUUGCGAACCAUCUUACCAAGUAAAUAUUAUCCAGAUUAUAUUAGGUUUUAUAACACUGUUUGGUUAGUAUUGAAUGAUAUAUCAUUUGGUAUGAUAUUUGGCUCCCUUUUACAAGAGAAUAAUCAUACGAUAUGCAUUUGGUUAACUAAGAAUAUUCCAUAUUUUUGUUAUACAAAUUUAAGAAAUUUGACACUUAUAUUGGCAAAUAAUCCAUUAGGUAUUAAACUGAAUGAAGAACUGGCAAGAUUUUUUAGCGAAUUAUUUUUAUGGAUUAUUGAAUUUUGGUAUAAUUUUUAUAUUAAAACGUUUAUCCAAUAUGAUACAUUAUCUAAAAUUAUUUCCACUAUUUCCAUCAUGAGUUCUAUUUGCGGUGCAACUUUUGGAUUAUCAAUUAUAAUUGAUAUUUUCUCUUUAUUGACUUUAUCCAUAUAUUUAUUCUAUCGUAUCAGCAACAAAUUAUAUCAUUGGCAAUUUAACGUAAUGGUUAGUUUAAUUUAUUUGUUUUUUGGUAAAAAAAUUAAUGGAUUACGUAAUAGAAUUGACAAUCAUCAAUUCCAAUUGGAUGAAUUAUUAUUGGGAACAUUAUUAUUUAUUACUUUAUUAUUCCUUACACCGACCAUAUUGGCAUUUUAUUUAACCUUUACUAUUUUACAGAUGAUAUCAAUGACUUUUGAAAUUAUUAUUGAAUCAGAAAUCGCUUUAAUUAAUCAUUUCCCAUUGUUUGCCUUAUUAUUACGAAUUAAGGAUCCCAGAAGAAUCCCUGGUGGCAUCAUUAUUGAAUCCAAAAUCGAUACUAAUAUUAAUUCAAAUGGUAUUAGAUACAUACUGAAAAACAAAUCUAUUAAUGCUUCAAAUAUGCUUCAACCCUAUUUUUUAUUAAUUGACAACCUUUUAAAAUCAUAUUUUUCAAUUGAAGCUACGACUAAAAUACUAAAGGGCCAUCCAAUUACUAUAAAUCGUUAUAAAUUAUACCAAGUCCUUUAUUCAUCUUUACCUUCUGAACCAGUCCAUAUUCUUGAUAUAUAUGAAGAUUUAAAAGAUAGAAUAACUAAUGGGUAA